CUUGCAUAUUCGCCCGUCUGUAGCCGGCUACGUUCGGUAAACUCGCAGGAAAGAUGAGGAGAAGCCCGAAGACGUAAUUCGUCCCGGCUAAGAACCCCCUCAUGGAAGAUGUGGAAGAGAGAACAGCGAGGUCGGACGGUUAAAGCCGAGAGCUGCAUGCACGAUCACGCUCAUGGUGCCAGAAACGCCUGGCUUUCGUUGAACAGAUUCGUUCAGCGCCCUGCUAAGAAACACAUAAUCAAAGCACCUCGGAAAAAAAAACCCCCAAGACAUCCCCAAGAGCAGCAAAAAUGUCCAACGAAAUUCUCGUCACAGGCGCCGCUGGCUUCGUCGGCCAGGCUCUCAUCAGCGCCCUCAUCAAAGCGAACCCGUCCACGACCCUUGUCGUCACGGAUGUCAUCGAGCCCCCGAUCCCGGCCGACGUGGCGGGGGAGAGCAGCAGGAUAAACUCGCUCAAGGCCGACCUCACCGACCCGUCAGCUGUCAGCUCCUUGCUCUCGAAGCAGUUCGCGGCGGUGUACCUCCUGCACGGCCUCAUGUCUGGCGGAGCUGAGGCGAACCUUGACCUGGGUCUCAAAGUCAAUCUCGACUCGGUCCGCGCCGUCCUCGACCAUCUCCGCAAAAGCUACCCGGGGACGACCGUCAUCUUCACCAGCUCGUGUGCGGUCUACGGCCCCCGCCAGCCCGUCAUCGAGAGCGAGACGGUGCCGAAGCCGAAGACGUCGUACGGCACGGAGAAGCUCAUCGUCGAGUUGUUGGUCGAAGAUUAUUCGCGUCGUGGGCUUAUCGAUGGCCGCAUUGUCCGACUCCCGACGGUGACGGUGAGACCUGGUGCACCAUCCGCCGCGGCGUCCAGCUUCGCUUCCGGUAUCGUCCGCGAGUCUCUCAAGGGCGUCAAGAACAUCCUGCCCGUCAGCCGAGAUCUCGAAAUUUGGGUCUGCAGCCCCGCAACGGUGGUCAAGAACCUCGUCAAGGUCAAAGACGUCCCGAAAGAGAAGUUUGGGGACUCAAGGGUCGUCAACCUGCCCGGCAUCACCGUGACGGUCCAGGAGAUCCUCGACGCGGUAGAGAAGGUCGGUGGCAAGGAGGCGCUGGCGCAGAUUGAAGAGAAGAGGGACCCGGCGGUUUUGGCCAUUGUCAACACAUGGCCAGCCCGAUUUGAUGUUAGUAGAGCCUACAGUCUGGGCUUGGAACCGGAUGGGCCGAUUCUGGAGGCUGUUGAGGCGUUUUCAAAGACAUUGGAGGCAUAAG